UUUGGCCACAACCUUUCUGUUUAUUUCCGAUAUUUGUAAGGGGUCUGUCCCCGGGCGACGUUGAGGUUGUUCGGGAAUGGCUGAUGGUUCUAAUCGGAACUGCUACAACUGCGGGUUAUAUGGGCAUUUUGCCCGAUGGUGUCCUUAUCCGCGGCGAAAUGAUGGUCAAGGCGACUCUCAGCAGAGACAUGAUGGCGGUUACAUCUAGGGACGUCCUGUGUAUAACACGCAAUGGUCCAAGACGCCGCUCGUCAGGAAUCUCCAUCAACGAAGGAGCAUCUCAAGAUCUGGGAUUCGACCGUAUCAACCGCGGCAAGAAGGCUGUUGUCGCUGGUCCGGGAAAAGAAGGGAGAGAGAAGUACAUUGAGGAUUUGAUUUAUGAGCUCAUGCUGAAAACUAAGCAUGAAUUGGAGGAGCUGUGUAAGAAAGAUCGCAUCAAGUAUGUGAAUAAGAAGAUCACCACCGCCGCCCUCGCCAAGCUUCGUGCCAUCGAUGCUUAUGGAGAAGAUGAAGAUGAUGAAGACUCUGAGGAGGAUACUCAAGAAGAGAAUCCUUCUUGAUAAUUUUUAGUUCUGCCAUCAACAUGGAAGUACCUGGAGCAAGUCAGGAAUCA